UCAGCACACAGCGGAUGGUGGAAACAAACACCAGCCCAUAGCAAGACUGAAGACUAUACCUACAUCUACAACAGUCGAAGCAUCUCUGAGAGAGAUGAAGGUGAAGAUGUUGGCCGUGUUGGCUCUGGUUCUUCUGCUCUCCAGUGCGAGUGAGGGACGGAUUCUCAGUAAAUGUGAGCUGAAAUCCCAACUCGAGGCGGCACUGGGGAGAAAUCAGGGAGGAAAUGGACCUGCAACUGUCACGAAUGGGCCUGGAAGUGUGACUGGGCCUGGAAACGUGACUGUGCCUGGAAAUGUAACUGUGGCUGGAAACGUAACUGUGCCUGGAAACGUAACUGUGCCUGAAAAUACAACUGCAAAUUCGCUCAUCGCCCAAAUCGUUUGUUCUGUGGAGCGUGUGUCGAAGUUCGACACCAGCCUGGUCACCACCAUCCAAGAAGACCCCAGACCUCCAGUGAGACCCCCUCUCAGACCACAACAACGACCCAAUGAAAGACCAGGGGGAAGACCUGGUCGUCCAGGAGGAAGACCUGGUCGUCCCGGCGGAAGGGGAAAGAGAUCCCAUGUUGCGGCACUCAGGCGGCCAGCUGGAUUUUCUGACGACAGUUCCGAGAGUUCCGAGAGUUCCGAGAGUUCCGAGGAGAAUGUCACUGCAAGGCCUGGUCUCACCACAAAACUGUUUGGAAUCUUCCAGCUGAGCGACCGUGUGGCCUGCGAUUCCGGAUCCAGCCAGAGUCUGAACAUCUGCCGCAUGAACUGCAGAGCUCUGGCUGAUGAUGACAUCAGGGAUGACAUCACGUGCCUGAAGAUCCUGCUGAACAGCACAAGAAAUGCCGCUGUUUCAGCCUUCGCUUCUCCACCCAAUAAAACGCCACUUGUAAUUCUCUCUGUGAACAAGUGCCGCAACGUCAAUCCUGCGCAGUACUUUGCUGAGUGUCCGUGAAACAUUCAGCGUUUCUUCAGGCAUGAAUAUUCUGUCAAAUUUCAUCCCAACUCAUUAUUGUAAUAAACCCAACAGGAACUCAGUUCUCAGACCCUUGUAUUUCACUCUUCCAUUUUCUGCCAUAAUGUACCUGUAAAAUGUUCUCAGAAUAGCCUCAAUUAUGCUGCAUGUACUAUAGCAUAUCUCAGAAUGCAAAUAAACAAAUAUUUUAAAAAAAA